GGAAGACGUGAGUUUGCUGUCAAUGCCAGCGAGAAAGAGGAGGAACUGAGAGCUAAACACCCCGCAUUUAAAACAAAGAUGGCAGGACUGCCCCGCAGGAUCUCUAAGGAGACUCAACGUUUGGUUGCCGAGCCUGUCCCAGGCAUCAGUGCCGAGCCAGAUGAAAGCAAUGCCCGCUACUUUCAUGUGGUCAUUGCCGGACCUCAGGACUCACCUUUUGAAGGGGGCACAUUCAAACUCGAGCUCUUUUUACCAGAAGAAUAUCCCAUGGCAGCUCCUAAAGUACGCUUCAUGACCAAAAUAUACCAUCCCAAUGUGGACAAGCUGGGGAGAAUAUGUCUUGAUAUUUUGAAAGAUAAAUGGUCGCCAGCUCUCCAGAUUCGCACCGUGCUGCUGUCAAUCCAGGCGUUACUAAGUGCACCCAACCCGGAUGAUCCUCUUGCCAAUGACGUUGCAGAGAAGUGGAAGUCCAGUGAAGUUGAAGCCAUAGAAAUAGCCAAGUCAUGGACCAGGCUUUACGCUGGAAGCAAACAUGAAGUGUAGAGCAGCCCAGAAAGGGGAAAUCAAGUGUGAACAAAACUCACUAUGUUCUGCCAGGACUUAAUUUGCAUUUAAAGGACACAAUGUUAAAUAUACACGCAUAUCAUAUAUAUCAUAAAAUAAACACGAAUAUAUUGUAAAGGAAAAAAACAACUGCUGAUAAUUGGUGCUUUAAAUGCUCACUAGUGAUGAAAUGACUCCUCUUUGUCCUAACUCACUGCUGUUCGAAGGCAUGGUUUACGCACCACUCUUUCUUUGCCCUUUGAUGUUACAACACGUUUGCCAACUUAAGCUUUAAAAAGCACGUUAAGCGGGCGUAAAGGGUCCUAUGUUUCAAUUUUUGGGGGGUUGGCUGAAUUUUGACGUACUGAAGCAGAGGAAUGGGUGAGGAGAGAUUGACGAGAUGUUAAUAUUGUAUACUUUUUACCUUUUCUUUUAACUUUGUUUUCUUGUGUCGUUGUUUAGUUUGUAAAAAGCAGCUAACUACUACUAGCCCACUAUAUGUAGACACUCACCCGGAGGCUGACUAGAGCUUUGUGCUAUGUAGAUAGCCCAACGGGAUGCAUACAACCAUCGUAGCCCUGCUUCUUUAAGUCACAUCUGGCUGUGUUAAAUACAAAAUAAUAUAACUAAAAAGUAAACAAAGCCUAAGUCACAUUAACCUUUUCAACGAAGUGUAAGCUGCAGGCUUGUGGAGGAUAGGGUGGACAUCGCGGAUGGUUCCUUUGUUUUAGCAUGUGUUUUAUUACCAUAUCCAGUCUUUUUUAUGUGUAUCUUUCUUGCAACGUCCUACUAACUUUUCUGCUGAAAAGUUUGUGUUAAAUGUAUGGUUUGUAAAGUCAUUCUUUCUUUAAAUUUGGGGAGGAAAUGCUUUCCUCACCAUGCUAUGAAAUGGCCCAUCUGCAUACUUUUAUGUUCUGUAAAUAAAAUCUGUUGAUUAAUAAAUA